AUGCGGCCCGUGAGGGGCCCCUCAAGGGAAUUCCGAGAAAUUUCUUACCUCAAAAAACUGAAGACCAAAAAGCAGGACCGAAUAUUUCCCCCUGAGACCAGUGCCCCAGCGGCGGUGGCACCCCCGCCCUCCACAGCCUCGGCGCCUGCCAGUGUGAACAGCUCCGCUCCACCAGAAAAGCCGUUGUCCAACAUGAAGAUCCUGACUCUUGGGAAACUCUCCCGGAACAAGGAUGAGGUGAAGGCCAUGAUCGAGAAACUCGGGGGGAAGUUGACGGGCACAGCCAACAAGGCCUCCCUGUGCAUCAGUACCAAAAAGGAGGUGGAGAAGAUGAACAAGAAGAUGGAGGAGGUGCGAGAGGCCAGCAUCCACGUGGUGUCCGAGGACUUCCUCCGGGACGUGUCCGAUUCCACCAGGAGCCUGCAGGACUUGCUCUCAGCCCACGUCCUGGCCCCGUGGGGCGCUGAGGUGAAGGCAGAGCCGGCGGAGCCUGCGGCCUCGAGAGCAAAGUCGGGGGCUGCGCUGUCCAAGAAGAGCAAGGGCCCUGUCAAGGAGGAAGGCAUCAAUAAAUCUGAGAAGAGAAUGAAGUUAACUCUUAAAGGUGGAGCUGCUGUCGAUCCAGAUUCAGGUCUGGAACAUUCUGCACAUGUCCUGGAGAAAGGUGGGAAGGUGUUCAGCGCCACCCUUGGCCUGGUGGACAUCGUGAAGGGAACUAACUCCUAUUACAAGCUGCAGCUCCUGGAGGAUGACAAAGAAAGCAGGUACUGGAUCUUCAGGUCGUGGGGCCGCGUGGGCACAGUCAUCGGCAGUAACAAACUGGAGCAGGUCCCAUCCAAGGAAGACGCCAUUGAGCACUUCAUGAAGCUGUACGAAGAGAAAACUGGGAAUGCCUGGCACUCCAAGAACUUCACGAAGUAUCCCAAAAAGUUCUACCCUCUGGAGAUUGACUAUGGCCAGGAUGAAGAGGCAGUCAAGAAUCUGACGGUGAGCCCCGGCACCAAGUCCAAGCUCCCCAAGCCCGUGCAGGAGCUCAUUAAGAUGAUCUUCGACGUGGAGAGUAUGAAGAAAGCCAUGGUGGAAUACGAGAUUGACCUUCAGAAGAUGCCCUUGGGGAAGCUGAGCAAGAGGCAGAUCCAGGCGGCGUACUCCAUCCUCAGUGAGGUGCAGCAGGCGGUGUCCCAGGGUAGCAGUGACUCCCAGAUCCUGGAUCUCUCUAAUCGCUUCUACACCCUGAUUCCCCACGACUUUGGGAUGAAGAAGCCCCCACUCCUAAACAAUGCGGACUGUGUGCAGGCCAAGGUGGAAAUGCUGGACAACCUGCUAGACAUUGAGGUGGCCUACAGUCUGCUCAGGGGGGGCUCUGAUGACGGUAGCAAGGACCCCAUCGACGUCAACUAUGAGAAGCUCAAGACUGAUAUUAAGGUGGUGGACAGAGAUUCGGAGGAAGCGGAGACCAUCAGGAAGUAUGUUAAGAACACUCACGCAACCACGCACAACGCGUACGACCUGGAGGUUAUUGAUAUUUUUACGAUCGAGCGCGAGGGCGAGAGCCGGCGCUACGAGCCAUUCCGGCAGCUGCAUAACCGCCGGCUGCUGUGGCACGGCUCCAGGGCCACCAACUUCGCCGGCAUCCUGUCCCAGGGCCUCCGCAUCGCCCCGCCUGAGGCACCCGUGACAGGCUACAUGUUUGGUAAAGGGAUCUAUUUCGCCGACAUGGUCUCCAAGAGCGCCAACUACUGCCGCACGUCCCAGGCAGACCCCGUGGGCCUGAUCCUGCUGGGAGAAGUCGCCCUCGGGAACAUGUACGAACUCAAGCACGCUUCACACAUCAGCAAGCUCCCCAAGGGCAAGCACAGCGUCAAAGGUUUGGGCAAGACGACCCCUGAUCCUGCAGCCAGUAUCACUAUGGACGGUGUGGAAGUUCCCCUGGGGACGGGGAUUUCGUCCGGCGUCAGCGACACCUGCCUGCUGUAUAACGAGUACAUCGUCUACGACAUUGCUCAGGUAAACCUGAAGUACCUGCUGAAGCUCAAGUUCAACUUCAAGACAUCCCUGUGCGUCCUGGACUCGUCCCUGGCGCCUUUGACCUGAGACGCGCUCCUGAUCAGCCAGUCAGCAAGGCUUAGGCUUCCUGCAUCCCGAAUGUUCUCUCUUCUUCACCGUCCUUGGCGCGGAGAAAGGCAAUCAUCCUCGCAGUCCUUGAUGAACAAAGUAUUUUUAGGUUGGAGUGGUUGCUCAGCGGGUUCCCUGUCAUCACAACUGAUUUCUUAAAGAGGUUCGUGUUUCUGAAUUCACAUCUUCUCAAAGGGAACCUACCAUACGAUGCUUCAGUAUUUAUAUUUUUAAGUUUCUUUCCUCACUUAAAAAAAGUCAAGUCCUAUCCCAGGGCAUAGCCAAAGUG